CCCACCCCCAAAUUCAGGUCUGCGCAGAUCCUCUCCCGCUACCGACCGCGGGCUCUCAUCAUUGCCGUGACCAACGAUGAACAGGUGGCCCGCCAAGCUCACCUCAGUCGCGGGAUUUUCCCAGUGGUGUAUCAGGGCGCUAAGCCGGGCACCUGGGCAGAAGACGUCGAUCACCGGGUGCAGUUCGGGAUUGAGAUGGGCCGCGUGCGAGGUUUCCUACGCUCGGAAGACGUGGUGAUCAUCGUCAGCGGGUGGAGACCCGGGGCUGGUUUCACCAACAUCAUGAGAGUGCAACAGGUGCCCUGACCGACUCCCCAGGAGAAACGCCGGGGCGGAACCCUGGCGCCCGCGGCUUUCCUCCCCUUGUUGCCGACGGCUGCGCUGCGCCCAGGAUUUCAAAGGAUCCUUUCGCUUAAAGAUGUAACGGGAAACGCUGCCUCGAUCCCUCUUUUGUCUCCGGGGCAAAAUGGACCGGAAUUUGCAUUGGUGGGCUGGUGCAAAGUUGUUGUUUUUUUAAUUAGUUUGCAAUAAUUAGAAAUCAGGUCAUGGAUAAUUACACACCGGAGAUAAUAAUCGCUCUUUUUUUCCCCUUCCAUUUUCCUUCUUUAUUUUUUCGUCUUUCCUUUCCUCCUGUCCUUUUCUCAUUUUCCUUCCUUCUC